GAUUUUUUAAAAGUUUUGGUUACACUAGAAAACCCAAAAUCUCAAUAUUACCAUGUGGAAUUUCUAAAAAAAUAAAUUAUAUUAUCAUUAUUUCUAAAUUCCAAUAAAGCUAAAGGUGAGAUUUUAAAGAGCUAAGUAUACCGAUCAAUUUAUUGCUCGUGCUCUUAUCUCCAUCUUUUCUAACCUACAAACGCUUGCGGAGUAAGAAUGAGCAGGACAGUAGCAGCAGCAGUGCAACAACUGCGAUGUCUGUCGUGCAGGGAGGAGUACUGUUCAGUUGACGCAGGUACCUGCAAAGAGUGCUACGAAGAGGCUAGCGAGACUGAGGAAGAACUUAAGAGAGAAAUUGAUGAUCUUAAAGCCAAAGUUGCUUUUCUUCGUUUAGGUUCUUCUCCUUUAGAUUCCCACAAACGAUCUUCUUCCCUAUGUUUUACUGACGUCGUUUUGGUCGCUUCUGAUGAGUUUCAGUCUAACCCUGUUAAUAUUCCCGCUCAUAAAGCUAUUCUGGCGAGUCGAUCUCCUGUGUUCAAAGCCAUGCUGGAGACCGACAUGGAGGAGAGCCGAAGUGGAACCAUCAAUAUCAGUUCUGUCUCGUAUGAUGCCCUUCGAGCUUUUAUCAACUACUUGUACACAGCUGAAGCAUGCCUUGACGAACAAUUGGCCUAUGAUCUUUUAGUUCUUGGUGAGAAGUACGAAGUAAAACAUUUGAAGACCUAUUGCGAGAAGUUUCUAGUGUCCAAACUGAAAUGGGAUAAUUCAAUUGCAAGCUACAGUUUUGCGCAUCAGUAUAAUGCUAAAAACUUGCUUGAAUCGUCGCUGUCCAUGAUCAUCGAUAACAUGGAUAGCUUAACCAAAUCAGAGGAAUAUGCUCAUCUCGUGGAGAAGGAUCCUAGGCUUGUGGUGGAACUAUAUGAAGCUUACUUGUCGAAACAAGUUAAUACAGCUGCUAGAUCCAACUGAUCGUGCUUCAUUCAUUGACCGACUUGUUGCUUAUGUCCGUGGACUGAUAAUGUUUGUAGUUUCUGUGGAGUAUGAUGUUGAACCCUUGAGAUUCCGUCAAGAGUAUGUGAUUCCAACCAAAUACGCUGAUGCUUUAGUAAGGCUCUUCAAUUACCCCAAACCCAUUUGAGAAUUUUCAGUCAUUAGUGUUUGAGUA